AUCUUCAACAAAGCCACCGAGUAAUCCUAAUGAACUCCUUCUCUUUCUUCUUCAUCACUGUUUCAUAGAACUCAGACAAACCCACCGGAGACAUGAAUUCCCGUUUUGCCCCUCUCUCCUUGUCAAUUCCUUCCCUCACAAAUUCACCUUCUCUCAUCGGCGCUAACCACACCUCCGCGCGCUUCUGCUCCCGAUAAAUUGAAGAAACAUUCAAACAUCUUUUCAUUUAAUUCAUUUUUUUUUCUCGUAAUUAUUAUUUUCUUGAAUAGAAGUGCACAAUCUGUUUCCAUGGAGCCUGCUACAGGGAAGCCUGGCUGUCUCAGAAACGUUCUGACACGGUUACUCAUCUUCGGCCUUCUUAUUGUCAUCGUACGGUUCGCUUACGUCAUCACCCUCGCCGGCGAGUCCUGCACCCUCGGCGACUUCUGCUUCUUCUCCCCGCCGCUGAAUCUCGCUAUUGCCGGAACCAGAUCCGGCGCUCUCGCCGUUCGCUCCGCCUCCGGCGGCGCGGCGGCACCCGAGCGCUACGCCAGCAAGGAUUGGAUCAGCGGCGUUCGGUUUUACUCGUCUGUGUUCCAGGACCUCAUCGCUGGUGGCUUCCUAUCGCCGGCGGCGAAGUCGCUCUGCCUUGAGACGCCGACCGGGCGCGACGUCCUCGCGCUGCGCGAGAUCGGCGUGACGGACGCCAUCGGUAUUUCGAAGAAGGCGUCGCCGCCGCUGGUAAAGGCCGGCGAUGCUCGCCGGAUUCCGUUCGCGAACGGCACGUUCGACUUCGUGUUUGCAGGUGACGGCGCGCUAGAGAGAUCGCCGCGGCCGGCGGAGUUCGCGGCGGAAAUUGCUCGGACGCUCAAACCCGAAGGGUUUGCCGCGUUCCAUGUAAAGGCCAAUGAUACUUACAGUUUUAAUUCAUUCGUUGAUUUGUUCAAUUUUUGUUGCAAUGUGGUGAAAAUAAACGAGGUAAUAGGGUUUGAUUCAUCGAUGUCUCGGGUGAGAGAACUCGUCGUGAAGAAAGAGCGUUAUGGAGUUGGUUCUGAUUCCAAUUCCAAUUCCAAUUCCAACUCCAAUGGAAAAUGCUCUGUUCCGGAGUACAAGAAAAAGUUGGUUAGAAACGCUGAGGCGUUAAUUGAAGAGGAGCCACUAAAGCCAUGGAUCACUCUGAAGAGAAACGUGAAGAACAUAAGGUACCUUUCUUCAAUGGUCGAUAUAAGCUUUAAGGAUAGGUACGCGUACGUUGAUGUUGGAGCUAGAAGCUAUGGUUCUAGUAUUGGGAGUUGGUUUAGGAAACAGUACCCGAAACAGAACAAGACCUUUCAUGUGUAUGCCAUUGAGGCUGACAAAACGUUUCAUCAGGAGUAUGGUUUGAAAAAGGGGGUUACUCUGUUGCCUUAUGCUGCAUGGGUUAGGAAUGAAAGUUUGGUAUUUGAGAUUAACCGUGGCCCUGGGGAGAAGGAUCAGGGUAAGGGUAGGGGCAUGGGGAGGAUUCAACCAUUGCAGUCUUCGAGUGGUUUUGAUGGUGGUGAGGUUGAGAGAAUUCCUGGGUUUGAUUUUGCUGACUGGUUAAAGAACACGUUUUCGAAGAACGAUUUUGUUGUGAUGAAGAUGGAUGUGGAGGGUACGGAAUUCGAUUUGAUUCCCAGGUUGUUUGAAACUGGGGCCAUAUGUUUAGUGGAUGAGAUUUUUCUUGAGUGUCAUUACAAUAGGUGGCAGAGGUGUUGCCCAGGACAGAGGAGUCCCAAGUAUGAGAGAACUUAUGAUCAGUGCUUGCAGCUCUUCACUUCUCUCAGACAGAGUGGAGUUCUUGUUCAUCAAUGGUUUUAACUAGUAAAAUAGCCCCAAACCCUAUAUAUACGUUCUGUACCAUUCUUGUUUUACUGUUAGCUUCUGCAUGUUUCUUCUUCAUAGUUUUCUUAUUUCUUCCCCAGCCAAUAGAGAGAGAUGGACAAAGACACCGUACUUUAACUUUUAAAUUUCAUUACAUGUAACAGUAGCAAAUGAAAAUGAAAACCAUCCCAUUACAACACUUGUAUUUGUUA